GUUUGGUUGUGGUCGGAGCAAAGAGGCUAGGAAGGAAUCAUCAUCUCAUCGUAGAUAAACACCCUGAAGAGGUGUGAACCCAGCGAACACAUAGCUGUCACAUCACCACGAGAACAGUCAGAAACAGACCCGGUUGAGUCCUUCACACGGCGAGGGUCAACAUGUCUGAGACAUACGACUUCCUGUUUAAGUUCCUGGUGAUUGGCAGCGCUGGGACGGGGAAAUCCUGCCUCCUCCACCAGUUCAUUGAGAACAAGUUCAAACAGGACUCCAACCACACCAUCGGCGUGGAGUUUGGCUCCAGAGUGGUCAAUGUUGGCGGGAAGACGGUCAAACUGCAGAUCUGGGACACCGCUGGGCAGGAGCGAUUCCGUUCUGUGACACGCAGCUACUACAGAGGAGCAGCUGGAGCACUCCUUGUGUAUGAUAUUACCAGUCGGGAGACAUACAACGCUCUAACUAACUGGCUGACAGAUGCACGGACUCUGGCAAGCCCCAACAUUGUUAUUAUCCUGUGUGGCAACAAGAAAGACCUGGAUGCAGACAGAGAGGUGACCUUCUUGGAAGCGUCGCGCUUUGCUCAGGAGAAUGAGCUGAUGUUCCUGGAGACCAGUGCUCUGACAGGGGAGAAUGUUGAGGAGGGUUUCCUGAAGUGCGCUCGUACCAUCCUCAACAAGAUAGAUUCAGGUGAGUUGGACCCUGAGAGGAUGGGUUCAGGUAUCCAGUAUGGAGAUGCUUCAUUGAGGCAGCUGCGACAGCCAAGAGGCACCACCACACAGAAUAAGCAGCAGUGUAAUUGCUAGGGGUCGGGGCCCCACCCUCACCUCAGCCCACAGGCCCACACAGACGGGACGCCCCCUACAGCUCCAGGUGUUUUUUGGUGUGUGGGACCCUCCUCUCCGCAGUCUCACACACCUUGGAUCACCUGGAUGAGUGGUCAUGGCGAUCACUGCAACCCUUGACCCCUGACCUCUGGUAAGACUCUCUACUCCGAACCUGAGGGGGUCAGCUUUGCCCCUGUGUCUGGGCAGGGAAACCCCUCAGUGUGAACAUGCUGGGAUCAUAAAGAAGAGGACUCUUCUUCUGUAAAAAGAAAAAAAAAAGAAAAGAAAGAUUUCUAAAUGACUUACCAGACAAAGCCGAGUCACGGGUUGUGUGUAUGGGCUGUUGUUUUAUCUCUGUGCUUUUCAUUCUGGUUUUAGUAACACCUACAUGCUUUCUUUGUUUGCACAUCAUCGUUUGUAAAUUAUCAGUAAACUGUUUUGUGCAUAUUCAUCGUUCAACCUAUCCACUUCUGUUGCACGUUUAGUUUGGUCAGCGCUUUUGAGUUUUAAUAUUCAUAAAGGCACUUUGCUUUUUAUCAUCCAUUGUUUGAGUUAACUGUACUCAUUGUAAAUUCAGCCUGUCAUUGAUGGUGACUAAGUGAUAAACAGUCGAAACGCGUCCUCUUAAAAGUAAAAUGAAGUCAACGUGCACAGAUUUUGGUUUAGAAUUCAUGUAGAUAUAUUAAAAAGCAGAUAACAGUGUAAAUUUGUAAAGGUUUCUGCAGACUGAUCCGAAUGGAAGCAGCUUAUCGGUGUAGUUAAGGUUAUUUAAAAUGUAGAGCCCAGUUCUUUUACCUGCUCUGAGAUGUGUGUGACGUUGAGUCAUUUGACUUUUUGGUUUGCAUUAAGAUGCACUAUUAUGACAUAGAGUGUUGGCCUUAGUAAUAUACUUGAUAUUGUGGAUCUACGGUAUAUUAUUCCGAGUCACCAUGUCUCUGCUGUCAAAGGGAAUGGUCCAAUCACUCCACUGUACAUCCACAUAAAUGAGCCUGUGGGUCAACUUAAAGCACAAAGAAGAGUUCUUGCUCUUUGUUUUACUCCAAAGUUCCCAAAGUCAGUAAAUUCACAUCAUCAGAUUUAACCCAUAGUUAUAAAGUUAAGAAAGGGUCGUCAGUCUUUGUAAAACUAACAAUGCCUUUGACUCCUCCCGCUGGGCUCUCUCUCCAUUUUUUCGACCUCCCUUUAAUUCAAGCUGCACAUUCUGCGCGAGGGACGUCACAGGAAACCACAGUUGGUUUUGCCUCAGUGCCAUGUUUGGGGAAACUUUCAUGCUGCCCACACAGUUCCCUCACAGAGGCUCGUCACUUUAAGCAUGCGAGGCUGUAAGUGCACCUUGAUUAAAGUCAGGAUGCUGUUUUUAACUUUUUGAGGUAGUUUUCACUUCUCUUUUUGAAGCAGAGAAGCCGCUCCGCUCCGCUACUAAAUGUCACUGAGUUUGCCGAGCCAACCCAGAUGUUCUCUCCUCAGAGCAGACCCUGCGUUGCCCCAGAGAGAAACAGGGAAUUUCCACUUGAACGUGGUUUCCUCUUUCCACGCAACAACGACAGCAAGGUUUGCUGCCGGAGGAGAAUGAGGUUACGAGUUAAUAACUUAAAAACAUCCCGCCCUGCUGUUGAGUCAACGGCACUGCUUCUGUCUGAAACCACUGAGAACAGGUCACACUGACCCAGCUGAGAGGAGAUCAAAACAAACUGCCUGCAAAACGUAUUUCUAACAUCUCCUCCUCAAGUGUUAGCAUAUGUCCUCCCAGACAAACCAUAUGCGUCCUAAGCUCUAGUGAGCCAGCACACUGAAGGGAAAGAGAUGGCGAGUCGUGCAAACAUGAGAUAGUAUAGGACAUCAAGAGACAGAUGGUCAGAGAAAUUUUAGUUUUCAUGAAAUAUUGGCAUUGUGUGAUAGUUUGUCUCCUUCUGCAAGUGCACUUUUACUUUUGAAUUUUCAUGUUUUGUUUUAUAUGCUGCAACUAUAGAAUUGUUUUAUUUUACUUGAACAUUAUACUGUAAUAAAGAUUUUAAUUGUA